UACAUGUGUACAGCACAGAACCAGAACAGGAAUCUGACGGUGGACGUAGAAGUGAAAUUGCGACCUCAGAUCCUAAAUGGGUCUAGCUGUAAGUCUCAGCAGGACGUCCUGACCUGUGUGUGCAUCAGUCAAGGCUUCCCUUCACCCACAAUUACAUGGGAACUGUUGCAGAAUCCCGUCAACUACUCCAUCAGCACCGUUGUACUAAACCACACAGUCACAAGCACCGUCUCCAUAAACAUGAAAGGCGUCUCCAAUAUUUCUGCUGUUUGCAUCAGCAGUAAUACAAACGGGAAAACAAGCAGCAAUCUUUCUAUAACUGAGGUGGAAGGUGAAGGGUACAACACAAACUAUCUAUGGACUUUCACACAGAUGGGUAUAAUAAUUCCCUUUCUGAUCGGGGUGUUAGUUUCAGCGUCUAUUUUCUGCUUGUUGUGGUUGUGCUGCAGGAAAAAGCAUAAGUCUCAUAGAAGUACGUCUGAGACUCUAGAGAUGGUUAUGACUCAAGAGACAAACGGUGGUCAAACAGUGGAUUAUGAGCCAAUUCUGGUCGGAGGGACAGCUGGAGGAUCCAAUGACUCAGAAGCUGGAACAUCAGAUAUAGAAUAUUCUGAUAUUCAUUUGUUGAUCAAACAAGACACUGCAAGCCCUUCAGAGAACAAACCAAUGAAAGAAGUCACAGAGUAUGCUAAGAUUAAGAAAAAAAGAGAAACCAAGAUGGAAGAGGGAGAAGGGCAAGAAGAAGAGGAGGAGAUGAAGCUUGCCUCUGUGCCAGAGGCUGAGGAGAGCGAGACUGUGGCAGUGUAUUCUAAUGUGACAAACAUGAAGGAUCAAAUGUAAGAAUCAUUAACUUUAGCAGAUUGAAGAUGAAAACAUCAUUGGAGUUGACUGUAUUUAGGCAUCUUGAACACGAAGCAAAACUUCUAGAAUGAAAAAAGAGAGAAAUAUAUUCACAAUCCAAACUGAUGGAUGUUUAAGUUUAGCAAGAAACCACUGUGCUGAAAGAUGGGAAAGUGGCUUCUGGUAAAGCAAGCAGGUGUCAGAUGUGUUUUGCAUGUGGAGUUUCUCUUAAGGAACAAAGUGAAACUGGGCUGAGUUUGUUAAAAGGUUUUUGAACAGCAGUGCAUGUCCCCAUAACAUUGUUCCUCUUUAUUGUAUGACUGAAAAAAGCUUUUUUUUUUUCUUCAGUUUGUUUGUCUUAGCUAAACGAAACGACUGCUUAUAAUUACUCAGGUUUAAACACUGUAGCAGAAAUUUAAAUUCUGUUGGAGAAUAAUCCAGCAGAAAUAUUUUGUACAAAGAAAAUACAUUUUAAGUUCUUUAUAUUUUMCCUUACUCUMCCAGCCAUAUUACACUGACGGUACACUGCUGCAUAGGUUGGGAGUCAACACGUUCUUGCAGUACCUAUGUGCAGAGUAGUGUAGCUAGAACUCAUUACGAUUGAGUGACUGUGUGAUACCAUGAAACCAAUACUUAUCCUAACCGUUUACUGUGAAAGAAACUUGGCUAUUAGACAUGCUGGUAAUUUGUAAAUAAAUACCAUGUUGCCUUAAAUUUGUGCUUACCAGUGAGAAUUUGUAGUACACAAGUAUCUGCAACCUGCUGAGAGAAUGCCUUGGUUUGCACAAUACAUCACAUUUCAUCAGUCGGUUCAUGCAUAAAGAGUGCUUUGCAUAAAUGUUAUUGUACAUGGUAAUGUAAAAUUUGCAAACUUCAUUUAUUUUAUUAGGACUGUUUAGUAAUAGACAAGCAAGAAGUAUUAAACUUAUUUGUGACGUGGAAAGAAAUGACACAAAUAAAAUGUCUGAAAAUGUU